GGAGGAGGCGGCGGCUUCUUCUUCUUCUCCCUCCUUCCUGCGCUCCGUCCUUCCCCGCCUCCCCGAGGACCCCCGAGCCCCCUCCCCCCCCGGCGUCCCCAUGGCCACUGUCAGCUUCAGCGGCCACCGCCUGGCGCUGCUGGCCGCCUACCAGGAGGUCAUCCGGGAGGAGAGUCCUGCAGACUGGGCUUUGUACACAUAUGAGGAUGAUUCCGAUGACCUCAAGUUAGCAGCCUCAGGAGGAGGGGGCCUGCAGGAGCUGUCAGGACACUUCGAGAACCAGAAGGUGAUGUACGGCUUCUGCAGCGUCAAGGACUCUCAGGCGGCGCUGCCGAAAUACGUCCUCAUCAACUGGGUUGGCGAGGACGUGCCCGACGCCCGCAAGUGUGCUUGUGCCAGCCACGUAGCCAAGGUGGCAGAGUUCUUCCAGGGCGUGGAUGUGAUCGUCAACGCCAGCAGCGUGGAAGACAUCGACGCCGGGGCCAUCGGUCAGCGGCUGUCCAACGGGCUGGCCCGCCUGUCCAGCCCCGUGCUGCACCGCUUGCGGCUGCGGGAGGACGAGAACACGGAGCCAGUGGGCACUACCUAUCAGAAGACGGAUGCAGCCCUGGAGAUGAAGCGGAUUAACCGGGAGCAGUUCUGGGAGCAAGCCAAGAAGGAGGAGGAGCUGAGGAAGGAGGAGGAGAGGAAGAAGGCCCUAGACGAGAGGCUGAAGUUUGAGCAGGAGCGGAUGGAGCAGGAGCGGCAGGAGCAGGAGGAACGCGAGAAGCGGUACCAGGAGCGGGAACAGCAGAUCGAUGAGCACAGGCGGAAACAGCAGAGUUUAGAAGCUGAAGAAGCCAAACAAAGAUUGAAGGAGCAGUCCAUUUUCGGUGAGCAGCGGGAGGAGGAAGAGGAGACGCAGCUCAAGAAGUCCGAGUCAGAAGUGGAGGAGGCAGCGGCCAUCAUCGCCCAGCGACCAGACAAUCCCCGCGAGUUCUUCAAGCAGCAGGAGAGAGUGGCCUCGGCUGGCGAUGCGCCCUCCCCCUUCAACCACCGGACAGCAGGUCGUCCACACUGUCCUUUCAUGAAGGCACCCGACAGCGGGCCGUCUUCCUCCUCCUCCUCUUCCUCGUCCCCUCCUCGGACUCCCUUCCCCUAUGUCUCCUGUCACCGCACCCCAAAUCUCUCUUCCUCUUUCCCAUGCGGCCAGGUGGACGGACACAGGAAGCCGCCCUCCUCUGCAGCCCGCAGCCCCUCCGCCUCCAGCGCGGCCUCCACGCCCGUCGGGGAGCCGCCGGAGAGGCCGCUGGAGGAGACGGCGAGCCAGACGUUUCCUAGGGAAUCCCCCAGCGUGAGCGGCGAGGCGGCAGAGGUGACUGAGGGGCAGCACUGGCCCUUCCCCGCUGAAGACCCCCAGGGGACAAAGCCAGAGGAGCCGCCGGGCGUGGCCAGUGGCCCCGAGGAGGAGCUGGUAUCCAUGGAGACCAAAGAUGAGGCCGAGCCCACUCCGCCCCCUGUGCCCCCUGCGCCCCAGGAGGAGAGCUCCAUGGAGCUGGGGGAGCCGGCGGAGACCCCCGCCUCCGAGAGUCUCAUCGACCUGUGGCAGAGUGAGAGGGCCCAGUCCUCGGCCGAAUGGGAGCUUCAGGCCGACCUGCGGGCCCCCACCCCGCCCCCCGGCCCCGAGGCCAUGUUGGUGGAGGCCUUCGCCCCGCCCCCUGAAGCCCCCCCCAUCAUCUUCACCCCCGGGGUAGCGGCUGAACCGCCCCCUCCCACCAUCGCCCCGCUGGAAGAUGGCAGCGGCGGUGGAGGAGGCGGCAGUAACCUUCUGAACUUUGACGAGCUCCCGGAGCCGCCCGCCACCUUCUGCGACCCCGAGGAGCCUGGCGAGGAGCCCGGUGAGGAGCCCGGCGAGGAGUCUGCCGAUCUGAUCGCCUCGGAGGGCUCUCAGCCCGUGGCCCUCGGCUACCAGCCGGUCCCGCAGGAGGCCGCCGGGGUCCACCCGCCGCCCUCAGACCUGGAGGAGCUGGAGCAGGAGUCGCACCUGCUGACCAACGGCGAGACCGCCCAGAAGGAAGGCACUCAGGCCAGCGAGGGGUAUUUCAGCCAAUCGCAGGACGAGGAGUUUGCCCAGUCGGAAGAACUGUCUGCUAAAACCCCGCCGCCUGUGUUUUACAACAAGCCUCCAGAGAUCGAUGUCACCUGCUGGGACACAGACCCGGUGCCUGAGGACGAGGAGGGCUUCGGGGGCAACGUCUAGCCCCCUCCACCCCCGUCCCCGACCCCCUCCGCGACCCCUCCCCUCUCAAGGCAGACACCACGCGAAGGCCGGCCGGCCCCCUCGCGCCUGCACCCACAGUAUUGCUGCUCCACGGUCACUCUGGACUCUGCCGGUUGUCGUCCUGGGGCAGGGGCACCCCCUUCCUCCCGGGG